GUCACCAAAACAGCUCUCCUCUCUCCAGCACCAGCACACCAGUCACACAAGAGGAUAACGAUGCCAUGGAGGCCACAGGGAGAAUGGUGCUUGACGUCUGCUGGCUUCUGGUCCUGCUGACAGAAGUCUACGCAGAGUUCAUCCACGUCCCUUCGACCAUCCGCCACGGCGUCGAGGGGAAGUCUCUGGACUUGCCCGUGGAGACUCACUUCCGGUUGGACCAGGCUGAGAUCCAGGGGACUUGGUCCCACACCACCACCGACGGCAUCAGGACCACGCUGGUGACCUUCACCAAAGAGUCCACCAUCAUGGACAUGACGCACCGCAACAGCAUCUUCUUCAAAGAGCCCAAUGUGUCCUUGCUGAUACGAAGAUUAAACCUGCGCGACGAGGGGGAUUACCAGCUGAACCUCAAUAUAGAGUUUCAUAACAAGACCGGGGAGGUCUUCAAGGCGGAGAGGACGGUGCAUGUAACAGUGGACGUUCCUGUGUCCACCCCGGUCAUUGAGAAGAACCCAGCACACGCCGUGGUUGAGGACCAGGCCAACGUUACCUGGACCUGUUCAGUGGAGAGAGGAACCAGGGUCGCGUUUCAGUGGCUCAGAGACAAUGUCCCCGUGGGUGUGGGCGACAGGUACCACUUCUCCAAAGACAAAUCCACACUGCUGAUCAGUCCUGUGCGAAAGGAGGACAAGGGGAGUUACCGCUGUGUGGUCAACAACACUGUCAGCCAGGAGCGACGCAGCAAUGCCAGGGAACUCCUCGUUUACUAUGGUCCCUACAACCUGGAGGUGAACUCGGACCAAGGCCUGCGGACAGGGGAGGUGUUCACCAUCAACCCCGGGGAACUGGUCUUCUUCCACUGCCGGGCCGACUCCUACCCUCCCAACUCCUUCGUGUGGAUCUCCAAGCGCCGCAACGCCACCCGGGUCAUCACCGAGGGCCCGCGCCUGGAGGUCCUCUCCUACAGACUGGCCCAGGCCGAGGACUACCUGUGCCGGGCCUUCAACAACGUGACCCGGAAGCGAGACGAGGCCCGGUUCACCCUGGUGGUGGCCAGCUUGGGCACAGGCAAGGAAAAGCACACCCAGGAGGGUAGUAAUGUUUCCCCGCUGGCUGCUAUCACACUCUGCUCCUUCCUCAUCAUCGGCUGCAUGCUGCUGGUCUUUUUCAGGAAAGCUUGUCACCCAAAGAGAGUGCUCAUGAGCAUUUACAAGAGACCACUCUCCGAUCAGAAGCGACCACAUCGAUCAGGUCAUGAGGAUGCUACUGAAGACUUUGGUAUCUACGAGUUUGUCUCCAUACCUGGGAAAAUGGACUCUGCCCAGGCGUCAUGUCGAUCUCUGGCUCGCCUGGAGUCUGUGCAGGAUAUGCACACCACAAUCUACGAUGUGAUCCGACACGUUCCUGAGACCCCCGGACAGAGUUUGAUAAAAUGACUUUUAAGAAAAAACACUUUUAUACUGUUUG